AUGGAUCUACAAGGCACAAAAGAAGCCCGGGCGCAGGAGGAGGGCGCCGAAGGCCCUCUAGAAGCAUAUGGUGCUGGAGGCGGUCGUUCUAAAGAGUAUCACAAGAACGAGGGGCGGGAUUCUCAUAAUCAUGAUGACCGAUCUUCCAUUAAUCCUCUCCGUCGUCGUCAACAACCCUUCGCCUAUCCUCAUGGAGCCCGACAAGCUGCAACGCCGGUACCAGCCGUAAUAUCUCGGCCUCGAGAGCCCUCCCCGUCACCGGAGGCCAUCAGCAUACCCCAAGAUUUGGGUCUAGAUUCCCGCGAUCAACGCCUACUGCGCAAGGCUCGGAGAUCUCCACCCGUUACAAAGAAAACACUCAGCGAGCUUGAUCUGCCUUGCAUCAUGAGCAACAUCAACCUCCGCAUGGACGCCAACUUUGACCGCGAUCUGCACUUCAAGCCCGACUUGGAUGGAGAGAAGGGCAAACGCAAGCGGAAAGAAGCUGCGGACUAUUGGGACUCCUUGGCCGCAGAGAUUACUAUCUAUUCUUACUGUGCUGCAAAUUCCCAAAUCACCACCGAGAAAGUCAAGUCCAGCGAUGGUACUCGACGCACCUUCGAUCCCCGUUUGCCCGCCCUGUUCGAGACAUUGCAGGACGUCAUCAAGACCCUUGUUCCGGAAGGAGAUCACCCAACUAUCAUGCAGAACCUGGAAGUUCCAUUGCUGAUGCAGCAAAUACGAAAAGGCGUUCUCGACAUGCUUACGCUGGCGAAAUGGCUGGCAAAACUUCUGAAAACACAUUGUGCUCCGAUGCGAGACGAGUGGGCAGAUUCUAUGGUCGAGCAAAUCGAAAAGGGUUCACAAUCUCAGGAUCCCCGGGAGAUAGUCAACGGUUUGCGAACAUUGUUCUCUAUUCUAGAGGCAAUGAAGCUUGACGUCGCCAACCAUCAGAUUCGAGCUUUCCGCGUUCUCCUCAUCGAAGACACAGUCCCCUUCCUCCAAGAAUACUUCCAAGGCAAACUGAACCGUGGCGGCUUCCAAGUCGAGUCCGCCCGCAAAUGGUACCUAUCCGUGCGCGACCAAGCCCGCCAAGAGGACGCCAUUGCCGAAGCCCAAAAAACAACCUUCAUUCCAGAAACAGAAGACACUCUCAAACCCCUCGAAGCCCUAAUCCGCGGAAUCUCCGCCCAACUCCUCCAAUUCGCCCCGCCCACCGACUUCCCUGAAACCUUCCUCUUCGACUCCGAGCGCCUCUGGCAACUCCGCUCAACAGUCCAAAAUCUAAUCAACCUCGACAUCGCCUGGUAUAUAUUCGAGUCCUAUGUCAACAAGCACAAACGGUAUCUCUCCACCCCAGAAGAAACCUACUCCAGCUUCCGAUCACGAAUUUGGUCCCUAAUGGAAGAGGGCAUGGAUCUGGAGAACCGCGUCGCAGGGAACCCAGACAACAACGAAGAAGAUCCCGACAACCGCGGCGGAAAGCGCUGGACACAAAACAUGCGCUGUAUCGCGCUCGAGAUUGCCCGCUUUGCCUGUGCCGCGUUGCAACUUGAUCCUGUCGUCGCGGACGAGGUCAUCGUUCCCAUUGAAGAAGCACUAGAAUGGCAUCUCUCGAAUGAGUCCGAGCUCUUUGUUUUCUUCCAAAAUAGCAUGCGGGCCAAGGUUCUUGCUACCACCUUGGCAGCGGCUCGUAGAUACUUGCCGUUGUCGCCAUUGGCGAUCUGUGAGUCGCAAAGGGCUCCACUGUCUGUCACUUUAGGUCCCGCUGCGCCGCAGACCGGGAGUGCGGGUGCGUCUGGCUCAGGGAACACUUCGUCGCUGGCUCUGGCGCCGCAGCAGUCAGAUGUCGAGCGCAUCGGGAUGCGACUUGCUCACAUGGGUGUGCUGCACUGGCGUGUUUGGGCUCCGUUGUUGUAUCUCCGAGAUGAGAUUGCAUUGGGGGAGGUUGAGCAGCCAGCAUUUAUAUAA